GUGACAGUGUUCAGUGUUGUGUUUGUGUUGACUGUUGUUGCGUGCCGUGUGACUGACUGAUGUUGUGUGUAGAGUGUAGACCACACUGACCAGACUGUAGACCAAUGUUGUGUUGACUCACGGAGAGUGGAUUCGCUCCGGUUAGCUGCUGCAUGCUUUUAGGCUGCACUUAAAAACGACUAACUUAAAAUACUGCAAUGCAGAUUGCAGUUUUGUUUUUGUUUCGGUGAUGUUGGACUUUUAAUAUAAAAAUCGAAGUUAAAUCUAUUUGUUUGUAACAAAUUAACAGUCGUUUAAUUAAUUGUAUUUUUUAUUAAAUUGAGGUGUACGUAGCAUAAAACAAAAUAAAAUAAAAAGCAGGUCCAUUUAAUGCUAAUGCAACAAGAUUCUAAUUACAUAUUUUAUAGAUAUUGAUUGUGCUAGUGAAACAAGUGCUUUCUAAUGUUAAUUAUUGUAACUACUACAGUUAUAGAAAGACAUAAUAUCUGUGAUAUUUACAAUUUAUUUGACACAUCGAAAUGACUGUAACUUACACCGGUGAAGUAGCUACUUGUCGUGGCUUUGGAACCUUUUUGAAAGUUUUAUCCAAAUGGCGUGGGAGUAUUUACAAAUUAGUAUGGCUAGAUCUUCUAGUUUUCUUAUUGAUUUAUUACAUAUUAAAUUUAAUAUAUAGACUGCUUUUAGAUGAACAUUCCAAGAGGUAAGAUGUUUGAAGGCGUGGUAAAUUACUGCAGUUUUCAUGGGAACGUCAUUCCAUUGUCUUUUGUACUUGGUUUCUAUGUAAGUGUUGUGAUGAAUCGAUGGUGGCAUCAGUACACAACUAUUCCUUGGCCAGACUCUAUAGCAGUGUUUGUGUCCGCAUCUAUACACGGACAGGACGAGCGAGGGCGGCUCAUGCGACGUACAAUAUUACGAUAUGUAUGUCUUUGUCUCACGAUGGUGUUCACUAUGAUCUCUCCUCGAGUUAAGAAACGUUUUCCGAUGCACGGUAAUCUAGUGGAAGCAGGUCUUCUGCUCGAAAAUGAGAAGGUGAUUCUAGAAGAUUUAAAUGAAAAAUUUCCUAAGCCAACUAAACAUUGGUUACCCAUAGUAUGGGCAACAAGUAUAGUGACGAGAGCCCGUAAGGAGGGCAGGAUAAGAGACGAUUUCGCCGUUAAAACUAUAAUCGACGAAUUGAAUAAGUUUAGAGGACAAGCGGGUCUAUUACUAAGUUACGAUACUAUAAGCGUUCCACUAGUGUAUACUCAGGUAGUUACCAUUGCUGUUUACUCAUAUUUCAUUACAUCCGCGCUGGGUAGUCAGUGGGUUGAUAACAAACUGCAAUCACAUAGCACAUCAGUCUAUAUAAGUAAUAUAGACCUUUAUUUUCCUGUAUUCACGACAUUAGAAUUCUUCUUCUAUAUGGGCUGGCUGAAAGUGGCGGAGUCACUUAUAAACCCCUUCGGCGAAGAUGACGAUGACUUCGAAGUCAACUGGAUGAUUGACAGAGAUCUGCAGGUAUCAUACAUGAUUGUGGACGAAAUGCACCACGAGCAUCCGGAGUUGAUCAAAGAUCAAUACUGGGACGAAGUGUUCCCGUCCGAGCUGCCCUACACCAUCGCCACUGAGAACCAAAGGGAGGAGCACCCUGAACCUUCCACGGCUCGGGUGGCGGUGCCUCCCCGCCAGUGCAGCAUGGUCACGGUGGCGCCCUCCAAUGUCAAGAUCGACGAGAUGGUCCCAUCCAACACCGUGAGUUACAAGUUCGCCCCGCCAGAGCAAUUACAAAUGAACGACGACGCACAGUCUGGGAUUCACUUUAUCGUGUCCCGUGGGAGUAAGCGAGGGAAGAAGGACGACAGGAAUUCGAUGGGUUCGAGCAAUUCCAUGGCGUCAUUGCAACAAACGCCUAUGACUCGCACAAACUCUGUCACCUCUAUGUUGAAGAGAUUGUUCUCAAAGGAUGAGAGGCAGACUCCCGCUACGCCGGUCACGACUCAGACGGAUGGCGGAACACGUUUCAUGAUAUCAGCCAGCAACCCAACGCUAAACAAGCCGGCGACGGCGGGCGGCGGUAGUAUGAAGAUCGCGAAAGAAGUCAUCGAGGAAGUUGACGAGCAAGCAACUAUUACCAGUAUGGGAAAACGGCCAGAAAACAGACCGACAGUAAUGAGUUUGUUCGCGCAAGGACCUCCCGCGCCGAGUGACCCUGUCAAUGUGCCUUCUCGAAAUUCUAACCAUAAUUCUAAAGACGCCCGACUAUCGACAUCAGCGCCGCCGUCGCAGUGGGUCCGAGGGGAGCCCGGGGAAGACGGUAACAUGAGUCCAGCAGCAAAGUCAUUGUUCGCACAAGCAUCAUUCCCCAACAUACGGCCGCGCCUGGAUAGCGACGUGGGGCCCUCACUUAGCGCCGCGGGCAGCCAAACAUUGUUGGAUGAAGUGGAUGGAGGCGACGGCGAAGACCCUGAUAUGGACGAUUUCGAUCGCUUGCGAAGUGUACGCGAGCAACACCGGCGAGAGAAGUACUUGCAGAAACUAAUGGCUCGCUCUAUAAGUGCACAACAGCCCACGGGUAGCUUAGAAUUAAUAGACAAUGAAUUAUUAUUACAAGAACUUAUUAAACAAUCGCAGAAGCAACAAGCAACAGAUGGUAACCCCAAAGAAGAAACAACUUGACAUAGUUUUAUUUUUUCCUGGGAUUAAAAUGUCUCAUGAUUAGUCAGUAUUAAAAUGUGAUACUUAUAUAAUUUAUUAUAAGUACAGUUUGGUAAAUAAUGUUGAAAAAAAAAAACAAUUAUGUAUUUAUACACAUUAAUAAGGAUAAAUUAAAUCUAUCUUUAAGUAAUUAAA